AUGGACAGUAAGGUGAAUUGCAAGGAACAUGUUCUUAAGGUUAACAACCAUGAGCUUGUUGAUAAUGGACAUACUAGCUACUUCUCUAAAAUGCCCCCUGCAACAGCAGAACAACUGACAAUCGCAAAAGUUUUAUCUAGGCCAGAUAACGAUGUAAAUAUCCGGUGCUACGUUGUUCAGCUUCAAGAAUUAACUGAAUGUACAGAAGACCAAGCAGUCACUGCAUUGUAUGACUGCGAAAACAAUAUUGAGAGAGCAGUUGAGCUAGUUCUAGAUCAGUUCCGCUGUGGUGCGACAGAAGAGUGGCACACAACUGUCAGCAGCGUGGCAAAACAAGGCACUCCCAGUCGGCACCAGAACCCGGGCCGGAUAUAA